AGUUCGCCAGUUUUCCUUCUUCGCGUUCGAUGACUGAUUGUGCGGAAUCGUCGUCUCGGUCGGUGUGAAAAACGAGAGAGAGGAAAAAAAAUCGAAAUUUUCGCAAAUUGAUAAAACGUUCCGCUAUCAGCCCAACCGAUUAGUUUCGAUUGCGCGGAAGUAGAUUAUCAUCGGACUGGUGGUGACGGCGCGGUGGCCAAGCGAGUGUGAAAUUGCCAGUGAAAAACAAACGCACUUUUAUUUGUCUUCUUUUUUUUCUGCACGACUUCGACUUCGAUGGUGGACUGAGUUUUGUUUGGGGAGUGGAUUUCGUUCCGUUUUUCUCGUCGGUUCCCGCGCCAGGGUGGACAGUUUGGUGUGUGUGUGUUUGCGGGUAACUUGGAAAGGAGGGCAACACGAUGUAUCAAUCGGCCUGCCACGCCGCGGCCGGAGGUUGUUCGACGCAGGAACGGAACGACCGGGAUGGGUUGAUAACACACGAAUCGGCGGUGGCCCCGGUCGAGCAUGAUUACAGCGGGUUCGACAUCGUGAAGGCCACCCAGUAUGGGGCGAUUGGCCGGGUGAAGGAGCUGAUCGAGGCCGGAUGGGACGUGAACCAGCCGGACAGUGAAACGGUCACGCUGCUGCACUGGGCUGCGAUCAACAACCGGAAGGACAUUAUCAAAUACUUUUUGGAUAAGGGAGCGAUCGUGGACGCGGUCGGGGGAGAACUGAACGCGACUCCGCUGCAUUGGGCCACCCGGCAGGGUCAUUUGGGAGCGGUUGUACUGUUGCUGGCUGCCGGAGCCGAUCCCAGUCUAAGGGACGCUGAAGGUUGUUCCUGCAUUCACCUGGCGGCCCAGUUUGGCCACACGGCACUCGUCGCGUACUUUAUCGCCCGUGGCGUUAAUCCAGAUCUACAAGAUCGCGGUGGAAUGACCGCCCUCAUGUGGGCAGCCUGGAAGAUCUCAGCCCUGGAUCCGGUCCGGCUCCUGUUAACUCUCGGCGCAAAUCCGAGCCUCGCCGAUCACACCCACGGAAACACGGCCCUGCACUGGGCCAUCCUAGCCCGGAACGCGACCGCCGUCAGUACGCUCAUCCUGAAAGGCAAAGCCAGCCUGGAAAUACCAAAUCUCCGCGGGGACACUCCCCUCACGAUGCUGCAGCCCCAUCUCGGCUCCAUCUGGAUAGGCUCGAAAGUGUCGGAAAAGGUUCGCGAACUCACCCAGCAAUCCCAGCGUCGAAACAUCAUCGUCCGCAUGACGCACGACAAACGACUCCGCUGGUGGAGCAUGAUCGCAACCCCUUUCCUCGUAUUCUACCUUGCCGGACUGAUCUUCUGCGCCGAGACCCUGAUCAUCAUCAAAAUCUUCCUGCUCGGAUGUCUGUACGCUCUGUCCCACGCCGUUGGCCAAACCCUGUUCGACGAAACGUUGAUGGCGCUGCUCCCGCUGAGCGUUUACAUGGCCACCAAGGCGUGGUUCUACGUCACCUGGUUGACGUACAUUGCGCCGUCGGUGUCCUUUCUGGCGUCCGUUUCCUUCCUGACGUGCAGCGCCGGGUUGUGGGUGUGUUUCCUCAAGUCGUGGCGAGGCGAUCCGGGCGUCAUUCAGCCGACGCAGGAGCAGAGAUUUAGGACCAUCGUCGAGCUAUCGGAGCGCGGUGGCGGCGGCUUCGAACCGUCCGCCUUCUGUUCGGCCUGCCUCGUGCGGCGACCCGUCCGCUCCAAGCACUGCUCCGUGUGCGACCGGUGCGUGGCCCGGUUCGACCAUCACUGCCCCUGGGUGGGAAACUGCAUCGGCUCCAAGAAUCACAAGUACUUUAUGGGAUUCCUGUGGAUGCUGCUAACGAUGUGCUGCUGGAUGCUGUACGGCGGCGCCAACUUCUACGUCCAGGCCUGCAACGUCAACAUGGAUGAAGGUCUGUGGAGCGCGAUGGUCGCCAUCGGGUCAUGCAACCCGUGGGUCGGCUGGGUGAUGGCCAACGCCCUGCUGCACAUGUCCUGGGUGACGGUGCUGACGAUCUGCCAGACGUACCAGGUGGUGUGCCUCGGUAUGACGACGAACGAGCGCAUGAACCGCGGUCGCUACCGGCACUUCCAGGCCAAGGGCGGCAAGAGUCCGUUCACGCGCGGUCCCGUCCGGAAUCUGUUUGAUUUCCUCGAGUGCGGCUGCUUCGGGCUCGUUCAACCGCUGCAAACCGACUGGAUGCAGUACUUUGACUUUGACAAAUCGAUCGAGCACGAACCGCUGCUCCGGCCGGACAACUUUCAGUACGUCUGAGUGCGUCAGCGGGGGGAACCGGAGGCGCAAGGGGAAGACUCGAUGCCGGCCGCUGGAGGACGAGAUGAGGCGGCUGGCGGUGCAGGCGAUGCUGCGAACCGGGGUGAAAAACAAGCUAAUUUGAGGACGGUGACGACGACGACGACGGUUGACGGUAAGGUGGAAAUUACGAUGGUCUGAAGACCUAGUUUUAUAGCGAGUAGGACGAAUUCCGUUGAUUCCGAACGAAGAAAGGCUUUAGCUAGGCAUGGUAAGGACUAAAAUGUGGUAGAAUUGUGCUUAAUACGUACUUGCGCGUGUGUGUAAAGAAGGUUGGGUCUGGUAGAGAGCCACUCGAUCAACAUAAGGGUAAAAAAAGACACAAAUAUUAUAUAUAUUUGGUAUAUAUAAACAAAGAAGAAAAAACAUUCAUUACUACAGCGGUGUUAGGGACAGCGAGAGAGAAGAUUAAGCAAUAGAUUGUACCCCUCCGCUUUCCACCCCCUUCAUUACUUAGAUAGAAUUGUAAAAGUUUCCCAAAAACUAGUUCGUACGAUAUAAAUGAGUGUUGUUGAUUAAGGUUGAAAUCGCGUUCACGAUUUGUUUUCCUUCCUUCUUUCGCGCUGCUUCUGUAAUUGUCGCACCUUAAAUGUUAGACGCACUUGCACUGCACCGACACAAUCCGUAUCAGGAGAGUUUUUGCGGUUAUCAUUGCUUCGCAAUAGUCUAUACAGAAGGAAUUUUUAAACUCAAACUCAACGGCUUUUGUGUGCGGGUGAUUUCUGCGAAAUCUUCGCGUAAUGUUUUGAUGGCAAAUUUAAUUUCUUCGCCUGAUUUAGUUUUGUACAGACACGGAAAUCACCACUGUUAAAAUAUAUUAAAAAGAAAAAGUUGAUUCUUCUUUCAGCAAAUCAAAGCAAAUGCACUAACAAUGGGAUUUUUUUUUUCAUACAUUUAUUCGGUUAUUUCAAACCAUUCGUCAAAAUAAACAAUUUUCCUCGAUUUUCUCCACAAACACUGGAAUUUAUUUGCUUGUUAACUAGCUUCUUUUGCUGGUUUUCUGGAAUGUCUUUUGCUUAAUCAAAUCUGGAUUGUAGACGACGAAAAAACAGUCAAAUAUAUUUUACAAUUAUACAAAAUCAUUCACUGAGAGGGAAAACCCAAAAAAAAACACAAACAAAAUUUUCACUCUUCAAAACAGAACCAAAUUUUCACUUCCUGUCAACCAAACGACUCGCGCUUCGCAACGCCUACCGCGACCGAAGCUCCGCCCUCCGGCCAAACUUCGCUUGCGCGAGCCGAGCCGAACGCCAAACAAACAGUCUUGCGCAGGCGCGUAGCAACCGUAGCAACCCGACAACGUAGCAACCGUAGCAAUAAACAACCGAAAAGUUAUAAAUAGGGGUGGCUACCCAGCAACCGGCAAUUGAGUCCAACUGAUCAUCAUGAACGGAGGUAUGCUGCUCAAUUUUUUCCGAAUAAUUUUUCGGUCUUUUUUUCAGGCCCAAAUGGACUCGAAUUUCACUCCGGACCAAGUUCCGGAUGUAGAAAUGUCAAAUUUAAGGAAUAAUUACCUCGAUGUGGCCACUGAGGCCACCGUUCAAGAAUGGUUCGGAAUGAUAAACGAAAUUCGCCGGAAUUCGGUGCUUCCGGGCCCGAGAUCGCUUGCGGAACUAGCUUUCGCGGCGAUUUCGGUCCCGGAACCACUGGCAGGUAUCAGAAUUCGUAUUUUUGAACCGACUGUGGUGUUUCCGGGACCGCGAUCGCUGGCGGAAUUAGCCUACGAUGCGAUCCCGGUUCCGGAAUCAUCGUCGGAUGACUUGAGCAACUUUUUUGAUCAUUCUGCGGUGGGUCUGGAAACGGAUCCACUUGCAGUUCCAAAUUCAAUGUGCAAUUAUUUCAAUUCAAACCUUUCGGAAGAAUCUGUGGUGGAUCCGACUCCGUCGGGUUCACUAUCGGAUAACCAAAUUAACAGUGUUAUUAUUGAUUUGGAACCAACUGCGGCAGUUCCCAAUACGGAAUUGCCAGCAGAUCAAAAUUUAAAAGUUAAUGUAGAUUGCAAAUAUUUUUGGUGUUACGAUUGUCGCAGUCCCAGGAACAGUUUACCCUGGUCCUUGAGACUGCGAUAUUCCAAAUUUUCAAUGAUUUCUAGAUAUUUAUCUUUUAUUUUCGUUUGUAUUUUAGUUGCGUUUUUGUUUGUUUUUAGUUUCUUUUAGUUAAACUUUCCUCUCUUUAGUUUGAUUUUGGACCAACUUCAAAAUUUUGUAGUGACUUUUUAGUUUGUAGAAGCGACCUGAGUACAGUUUGUUUGGAUAUUUGGUUGAUUUUUCACUUAAAUUUGUGCAUUUUAAUACGAUCUUUGAAAAAUAUUUGAAAAAGCUAAAGCCAACUUGGUAGAUUUUCUUUUUUGCUUUCGAAAACAACCAAUUUUGAGCUCUUUCUGUAUGGUGUGAAACCCAUAUCAGACUAUAAACGAAAAUUUAAGUCAAAAUUUAGUUGCUUAUCAAAAUUAAAAGUUAAAUUUUCUGUACGGUGUAAAACCCGUUAUCAGACUGUAAACGAUUUCAUUUAGAUUUUUCAAAAAAGAAAAUCUUCCAAUUUGGUUUGCAAUCAAAAUUUAAAAUUUUCGUAUUGAUCUGUGCAAAUUUAAGUGAAAAAUCGGCCUUCAAAAUUUGUUAGGACUCUUUUAAGUAAGGAGUCCACAUCAGAAAGCUCCCCUUUUAGUUAAGUGUUGAGCUUUUUGGUGUGGGGGUGUGUGGUGGGCCAGUGCUCAGGUCGCGAAGCAAAUUCUUUUUAGAUUGUAAUUUUGUUUGAUCUUUACAUUAAAUUGAAAAAAAGUUUUUUUACAGAAAUGAAGAAGCGAAAAAAAUGCCCGCUUUAACAUUGUUAGUGCAAUUGCUUGAAGCGCAGAAAGUGUUCCAUUCUAAAUGUUAGAUGCUAUUUAUUUAGACUAAACUUAAACCAAAAAAAAAAAAAUAACACUGCACCGUGUGAUGAAACCAAGUUCCCAGAUAACACCACAAUUGCACCCUCCCAAGUGAGCAGUAAGUCAGCGUGUAUAAGAACGUUUAGAAUGUUUAAAAAGUCCCCUCCCCCCACAAAUCAACACAAAAUAUAAAUAUCUUCGCUAGUGAGUAAGCAAAUUGCAACACUGUUACUGUACCUUUUAGAAUGAAGCUGUAAGAAAUUCUUUACUCUGUAAGCCCCUCCCCCCGAAAGAGUGUACGUAGAAACAAAAGGUAGAACACGCCACGACGGGAAAAAUCUAAUUCUUCCCAGUAAAGCGCGCGCACGCGAUCGUAAAUGAUACGUAUUAAAAGAUGGCAAGGAGAACUCGCUGUAUUAAAUAGAGACCCACGCACUUUUAAUCCUCUUUUUUUAUUCGAUCUAUUGCAACCAAAAACUCUAAACCACACCAGGAAAGACA